AAAAAAAAACUGGGUUUGCAAAAUGUUAUCAAAUAAUUCAGAAUCACAUUUAACUCCAACAACAAAACUUUUAACAAAUUUAUCACAAUUAAAAUCUGAAACUCCUUCAAAAACGCCUGUAGUAUUAUUAACAACUGGAUCGAUGAAUCCUAUUCAUAAACAACAUUAUAAUAAUUUUGAGAUAGCUAAAAGAGAAUUAGAAUCGCGAUUAUCACAAGUUAAAGUUAUAGCAGGAUUCAUAUCACCUUCACAAGAUUGUUAUGUUUUUGGUAAAUUAGGUAAAUAUGCUAUUUCAAUAGAUAAACGAAUUGAAAUGUGUAAAUUAGCUGUAAGUGAAUCAGAUUGGAUUGAUGUUGAUUUGUGGGAAUCAAAAUCAAAAAAAAGUGGUCUAAAAUUUAUUGAUUAUUGGGAAGUUUUAUAUAGGUUGUCAAAAUUUCUUAAUGAACACGAUGAAAUUAAUUGCAACAUCAAAGUUUUCUAUUUAUGUGGAAGUGACCAUUUUAUGAAAACUGGUAUUUCUCAUACUCUAUUGAGACAUCAUGGUUUUAUUAUUGUUGGUAGGAAUGAAGAUGAUGGUUGGAUAAGAAAUAUUGAAAAUGAUCUAAAUCGUAUUUUUGAUGAAAAUGCUUGGAAAGAAUCUGUAGUGGUUAUCAAUGGAGAGGACAAUAAUAAUAUUAGUUCCACAACGAUAAGAAAAGAAUUAAUUCAUAAUCUAAGUGAUUGGGAAGAUUUAUGUGAUCCAAAAGUUGUAGAAUAUAUAAAGAAAAAUAAAAUUUUAACAUUAGGUUAAAUAAGAUAAGAUAAUUAUAUAUUGUUAUUGGAGCUUCAUCUCACUGAUCUCAGUGAUAAAUUGACCCUCCUUACCCAAUAAACACCUUGGAAAAUUGUUUUAUUAAUAUAUUAAUAUAUAUCAUUUCUUCAUAAUACUAACUAUAUUAGGAUCAAGACAACAAUUAUUCUCUAGUACUUUCCUAGUCAUAAGUAGAAUAUCCCGCAUCCAAACAAAUAAUCUAGUAUAUAGCUUAAAACUUUCCUUUUUCAUAAAAGUAUUCGCAAAAUCGGAAGCUUGUCAACUUGAUUCUUAAUAAUAAUUUCUGCCUGAUCGCGUUUCACCAUCAAAUAAGAGUCAGCUUCUUUUCUUUACAAAUGUGAUUAAUGAUUUGUAAUAAGAGCUUACACGAUAAUCAAAAAAAAAUUUUAAAUUUAUUUAAAAAAAAAUAUAUUACAAAUAAAAAUACUAAUAAAUAAAUAAAAGGCUAAAAAAAAUUAUA